AUGGAGCGGUUUGUCCGCCACUUGUUCCAGACGAUCCCAAUUGCGAGCUUGACGCAGAGAAUUGUGCGCGACCGCUACAAGGCCGAAUUCAGCGUAGAUCAGGGAUUCACGGCAAACCAGGCUGAAACACUCAGAUCUAUUGUAGUCGACUUCGCGAAGGCCGAGAUGGACAAAGGCUUCAAACUUUCCAUCAUCAAGAGCCGCCUCAAAGACAAGAUCCAUGACCACGAGCGUGGAAUAGAAGAAGAUACUGAAGAAUUAGCCCGCAUUGAAGAAAGAAAAGCCAAGCUUGAAGAGAGAAACGCCCGCCGGAAAAAAGAACUGGCCACGAUGCAGAUCCUACAGCGUUUUCAAGCGGUGAUUGACCGUACUUUAGAUGAUGCUCCAGAUUUUUCAGAGCAGAUUGAAAGUCUGAGAGAACUCUCUCUGAAAAACGCGAAAGAGGUUUUCAAGAUGUUCCAAGAAGAUGUUGACAGAAUUUCCGACGAUUUUUCCUAUUUGCAGUUAUAUUAA